GGGUGUCCAAUGCACAGUUCAACCCUAUUCUUCACCUCCCUAACACAGUCAAUCAUGGCUUCGCUAUUCACAGUUCUAGCAGUUGCUAGCGUUCUUGCGACCACCAGUCAGGCACUCCCGAGUCGUCCACAUCAUUUGCGUUCAUGGUCUAACCCCUUCCUGCGAUCUGCGGGCCGUAUCGUCGGAGGCUACGAAGUAGACAUUGCUGACGUCCCGUUCCAGAUAUCGCUGCAGCAAGAUUUUGGACAUUUCUGCGGAGGAUCCAUCAUCAGCUCCAAAUGGGUGCUGACAGCUGCGCAUUGUGCCUCCAGUAGCGAAGAUCCACAGAUGAACAUACGCGUCGGAUCCACUAAGCAUACCCAGGGUGGUCAGCUGGUAGCAGUUAAACGUGUCGUUCAACAUCCGGAGUUCGAUUUCUCGACCAUUGAUUACGAUUUUGCGUUAUUGGAGCUGGAUGAGGAAUUGCAACUGGAUGACGAAUUCUACGCCGUUGAGCUUCCGGAACAGGAUGAACCGGUCGAGGAUGGAUCGUGUCUACAGGUUUCCGGCUGGGGCAAUACCCAGAGCGCUGCAGAGACUGGGGUGGAAUUGAGAGCCGCAUAUGUUCCGUCGGUGAACCAAGAAAAGUGUAUUCAAGCUUACAGUUCGUUUGGAUUGGUGACCCCACGGAUGUUGUGCGCUGGUUUUGACAAGGGAGGCAAGGACGCUUGCCAGGGAGAUUCCGGCGGCCCGCUGGUUGAGGGAUCCAAGCUGGUCGGUGUGGUUUCCUGGGGUAAGGGAUGUGCCCUGGAAGGCUAUCCAGGAGUAUACUCUAGGGUGGCAGCCGUUCGCGAAUGGAUCAAAGAAACCAGUGGGGUGUAGACGUUGGUUUAUAAUAGGUAGUUCUUUAUAAUAAUAAAAUGAAAACAAAU